UUAAAUUAAAUUUGAGAUAGUAAAUUAAUAACGACUUAUUCAUAUUUUUAAAAAGUCUGUUCUAAUAAGAUUUUCGUGAAUAAUGUUAUCGUUUGAAUUUACGUGUUUGAUGUGUUUUUGUAUGUGGAUGAGUUUAUUCUCGAGAAGUGAAGCCGAAGUGUUCACUGCAAUAUCAGACGUUGAACCUUUAAUAGAAACACAUCAGAGAAUAAUAAACGAUGUGAAUGAGUAUAUCGCGGCUGAGGAAACGCGGCUGUCCACGUUGAAAAAGCGAUUAAAACUCUACAAAGAAGAGCAUGAAACGGCAAUGGCGGAUAUUCCAAACUAUUUGGCCAAUCCCAUCAACGCAUUUACUCUUAUAAAAAGGCUGACUAAAGAUUUGGAGAAAAUGAGACAACUUUCUCAAAUCGGAACAGAAAAUUCAAACAUUAUCGCAAAAACUCAUGAGGAUUUGAAGUAUCCCGUAUUAGAAGAUCUGACAGGCGCUGCUGAAGCACUGACACGGCUUCAAGAAACAUAUGAACUUAAUGUUCAGGAUUUAUCAGAGGGGCUGUUGAACGGCGUGGUUUACAGUAAACCGAUGUCGGCGGGCGACUGCUUCGAGAUAGGUAAAGCCCUGUAUGAAGUACAAGACUACACUAAUUCGCUAGCCUGGAUGACAGAGGCGCUACGGAAAUACUCGGAAAAGGACGAACUUAGCGACUACAGAGUGAUUGACUACAUGGAAUAUAUUGCACUCUCGCAUUAUUACCUCGGCGAUACCAAAAGUGCUUUGCACUGGACUGAGCGGAUUGUGGAGCUGGAUCCAGAAUACCAGCAUGGUCCCGGGAACAUUAAACUCUACCAGAAAAUUAUCGCUGAAAAGGAAGCUAAGGAGCUGAACGGGGAAGUUGUAGAAAAACAAACACCAAAAUCGCCAGUGUCCGAUGAUGAAUACGAAAAAGAGCUGCAGAUUUAUAAAGUUCUAUGUCGCGGUGAGCUGCAAGUUCCUGGUGUAAUAUCCAGAAGAUUAAAAUGCAGAUACCUGACAGAAAACCACCCAUUCCUGAAGUUAGCCCCAAUCAAGAUGGAGUAUCUUUACUUGCAACCUGACGUCAUCGUGUUUCAUGACGUCAUGAGUGACGACGAAAUAGAAUUCAUAAAAGCUACUGCUCAGCCUAGGUUCCAGCGAGCAGGCACCAAAAGUGGCGAAAAUGGCGCCCCGGCCCCCUCUAAGUACCGGAUCGGCAAGGUAGCGUGGCUUGAAGAUAGAGAGUCGCCGGUGAUCGCUCGCGUGUCGCAGCGCGUAGCCGACAUGACCGGCCUAAGCAUGGUCACGGCCGAGGACCUGCAAGUGGUCAACUACGGCAUCGGGGGAUAUUAUGUGGCGCACUACGACUUUUCUACAAAACAAGAUUUUAUCGAGUACGACCCUAAUGGAGAUAGAAUCGCUACUGUAUUGUUUUAUAUGUCAGACGUGGCGCAAGGAGGCGCGACAGUAUUUCCGAAGCUGGGACUCAGUGUGUUCCCCGAGAAAGGCGCGGCGGCGUUCUGGCUAAACCUACACCCGUCCGGCGAGGGAGACCUGGCCACGCGACACGCCGCCUGCCCGGUGCUGCGAGGCUCCAAGUGGGUCUCAAACAAAUGGAUCCACGAGCGCUCACAAGAGUUCUUGAAGCCUUGUACCCUGGAGUACCAAGAGGAAGGAAUCCUCCGCAAGCUUCCAAAACCUAUUCCAACGAGUCACAGAUAAUAUAACAAAAUAUAUUAACACCAAGAGCUGGUGGCAAACUGGUGGUGAUCCGAGCAGUUCGCUACUGGCCAACGCAACCGGAGCCGGACUGUAAACAUCCACUCAAUGGAAUCCCUGCACAGCUGAC